GUGAAAAUUAUUUGAUGAUUAUAAAUUAUUCUCCGUUAUUUGAAAUGAACAAUUGUACGUGAAAGUGAAAAUCUAUUCUCCGUGACUUGAAAUGAACAACUGCACGUGAACCAUGGGAGCUAACACCAGCUCCCCCUGUGAGUACUCCUCCCACUGCGCAGAUGAUGGCAAAGCGAGUACGAACUUUGAAUCAAAUGUCUCAAAUUCAGUGAAGCGGAGACGGAUUCACGAUAACAAACAUCACCAAAAACGACAUAGGAGAGAAACCCGACAUGGUGUCGACAAUAAAGGUUAUGAUCAGCGGAAGCAGUUUAACAGAGGCUCGCUUCAAAGUUCUGGAAAGAAAUCCGAUAAAGCUCGGCAGUCAUUAGCCCUUGAAAUGAAAAAUACAGGGAAGAGAAACAUGAAAAAUUUGCGAUGCAUGGACAGUUUUGAAGCAGGAGUUUUUGAAGCAAUACAUCUUAGCAAAAAUAUGCUGUUUGAAGAGAAAGCUAGUGGGAAGCACUCGAAUGGAAAUAGCAUUGAUGAUAGCAAAGUUGAUCAAGAAAUCAAGAUCCCUACUUUGUUUGAUGUCACCAAUCACGACGCCACAAAAAUUUAUGACCUAAGAGGUUUCUAUUCUCAAGGUGGAAGUAAAAUCGGACAAUCUUGUGAUUCGAUGGUGUUAACGAAUGAGAUAAGGUUAUCGAACACAAGGCCUGUUGACUCCAAACCUUUUGAGACUAAAAAUCCCUCCUUAACAAUAAGUAAAGAAAAUAUUGUCUGUGAUGUUCCUUAUUUCUGUACAAAAACGAACCAGUCAGAAGCAAGGAGCGGGUGUCACCGGAAAACUACAGAUGAGCACUUUGACCGAAGGUUGACUAAAGAAUUUGUGUCAGUAAAUAGCAAAGUCAGUAAACGGUCUCCAUUGCUACGCAUUAGCUUACGAUUUCCUGGUAAGAUAUUCAAAACUACGACGAAGCCACCAAGUGACGGAAAAAGAUUGAACCAAAUCAAUAAGGCUGAAUCCAAAUCAUUUAAAAAUAGUCGAGUAGAAGCAUGUGUAGAUUCUUCUUUUUUAGAAUCCGACGUCUCUUUUCACAUGCAAGGACCGCCCAAAAAGUCCCAUGUGGUCCUAGCUUCUGCCUCAACUGUUCCCAUUGUGAGCAACUCUGGACAAAAACUCGGCAGGUCUUCUGAACCGGAAGAAACAGUCUCGAGCAAGACGUUGAUUUCGUCGGAAGGUAGUGUGCUUAAAAACUGUGAUAUUAGUUACGAUGAAGAAAAAACUACGUUCAAAAAUGCGGACAAGGCUGUUGGUUGUGAGAAGCCAUUUACCAGCAAUGAAUGUCAGGAUGAAGUUCCGCUCUAUGAAAACGAAGAAGUUUUGUCGGAGAAGCCAGCGGUUCCUAAACGCGUUCAAAAUGCUACAUCAAAAAUACGGAAUAAAGUGUCCGCAACUCGAUCUCAAAUUCAAAAAAGUGCCAACGCGGAGAUGUGCAGUUCAGGAGUGACGCCGGUCUACCUGGCAGCUCAGGAGGGCCACCUGCAGGUGUUGCAGGAGCUUGUAGAUGCAGGAGGCCGUUUGGACCAUCCUGCAGCAGAUGGUCUCACUCCUGUGCACGCGGCGGCACAGAUGGGAUGUACGGACGUGCUAAAGUACAUGAUCUCAGUUGAUCCUCGUCUUGUGCACAUUCGUGACUCCGACGGUGCCACUCCCUUGCACUUCUGCGCGUCACGCGGUCACACGUCCUCCGCGCGCCUGCUGCUCGCCAGCGGCGCCAACCCUGACCAGACGGACCUGUGGGGCAAGACGGCCGUCCACGACGCUAUAGAAAACAGGCAUCAGGAGAUGGUGAGGCUGUUGAUGCAAUACAGCGACCUGCCGUUUUCUCCUGAAGAAGGUGAGAUCAAAGCUCGCCACAGCAGCACUAGCAGCACCAGCGCCCGCCACAGCAGCACAAGCAGCACCAGCAGUAGCAGCAGCAGCAAGAAGAGCAACGCCAACAACACUCGCAAAAGACAAUCAUCCCGGCAACAGAAUUCUUUUCCGCACUCGCCCUUCUACCUACACCCUCCUGACGCGGGCUCAGGCCCUCAGACGUCCCCUCCUUCACCGUGCGCCCAUCAUCCUCAAGCUGACGACGCUCAUUACACGGAAAUCUUGGGCCGCAAUGAUGGCGAAGAAUGCGCAUCAGACUCUUCCUGCAGACGCACUAAGAGCAACACGUCCAGCACCUCUGAUGGUGGCAUCAACGGAACGCACCACAACAGCAACAGCAUGCGGAGCAACAGCCGCAACAGUGACCAAGGCAGCAACCAUAGUAACUGUGACAGCAUGAACAGCAACGGUAACUACAACACUCUUCAAGACCUGCGCAACACAGCAGUGCACCAGCAGCUGCAAGGCAGCAGCAGUAACAACAGCUCUGUUAGUGAGCCAUUUUAUCUCCAUAGCGCCGAUGCAAAAAAUGGCAACGCCUCGCCACUGCAGAAACUUUUUGACGGAGUAGACGGCAAUGACAGAAGCCUUAGCAGACGGAGCUCUACCAAGUCCUUUUCAGACGGCGGAUCCAGCGAGCGCGUGCAGCGACACUUGCAAGGUCUGGACGACCUGGUCACAGGCGUUCCUCCCCCGGACUACGAGAUGGACUCUUCCCCUCAUUCCUCUCACAAGCACAGCCCAGUUUCUAGAAUAAAAUCAGAACCCGCCCCCAAAGCCCUAGCGCACCCGCGCCUCAUCCCCAGCAAUUCCCACAACGGCUCUGAAAACAGCCCUCCCUCUCGCUCCCCCCGACACUCCAUCCCCGACUCCCACAGCGGAUCUGAAAACAGUCCUUCCUCUCGUUCCCCCCGACACUCCAUCCCAGACUCCCACAGCGGAUCUGAAAACAGUCCUUCCUCUCGUUCCCCCCGACACUCCAUCCCCGACUCCCACAGCGGCUCUGAAAACAGUUCUCCCACUCGAACCCGCUCUUCCAUACCAGAGUUCCACAACAGUUCGCUCCCUUCCGAGGCUCCCCAGACUCCCCCCGCUGCGACUGUCAUUCCCCCAGUCCCUGUCCCACCUCCUCCUCCUCCACCUCCCCCUCCUGCUCAUCCUCUCGUGGAGAAGAACUCUUCACUUGACACGGAAGAGCUGACGCUGAAGAGAACGCAGUCCAACAGCAUCGAGUCUCCCGCUCCGACCAGCGACAGCAACGGCAGCAGCAACGAAAAUAGCAGCGAUAACAUCGCGUCUCCAACAGGCACAAACACGUCGUCGGCAUCACGCGGCCUCGCAAGCAUCAGCAUCGCGCAGCUGCAGAGCGUCCAGCUGCGCAAGACGGCGCCGCGCGAGGGCCGCGUCACCGCCGUCCCGCUGCUGCUCAACGCCCCUGAAAAGCCAGACAAAGCUGACGUCAUCGAAGAGCUGAAGCGUUCGGUCGACAUCGGCUCUCCAAGCAAGCUCAAACAUCAGCAGCAACAGCAACACCAACAGCAAAAACAGGAAAAUCUACAAGUCCUAAUAACUCCCGAGCAGAUCAUGAGUAAGGUGCCGCAAGUGGACUCUGCAGGUCUGCCAAUACCGGAGUGGAAGCGGCAGAUGCUGGCCCGGCGCGCUGCAGAGCGAGCGACUGCAGAGGAGCAGCAGCACAGACUGCAGCAGCUCGAGCUGAAGCGUCUGCAGGAACUGCCACCGUGGAAGCGACAGCUGCUAGAGAAGAAGAACAGCUCGAGCAAUGGCGUGCCCGGGGCGCUCUACACGCCCAGGGUGGUCGAGCCUCGCAAGAUCAACGUCGCCAUAUCCGCGUCUCGCUGACCAGAAACUGCGUCAAUAUGACCCACCUGAUGAACAGAGUCAUCAAGACUCGUCUGAUGAACCAUAUCAACAUGACUCACCUUAUGAACAGCGGCAAGACGACUCAUGUGAAGGAACAGUAUCAAUAGGACUCAUCUGUUCACUAUCAUCAGGACUCGUGAAUCUGACGAAGUGUGUCACAGGAAUUAUCUGAUGAACAAGAAUUCAUCAUAACGACAAUUCCAAUGAAGAACUACAUUGUCAAGAGUCAACAAGACUUGCAAUAUCAAGCUUGAUUAACGUCUUAAACAAGAUCUGAUCAAGACCAACUUCGUCAACAUGGGAAAUGUAAACACAAUAAGGAUAAGAACCAAUUUAUUUGAAGUUAUAAACAGAAAUGAGAAUGAAAGUGGCGUAAUAUUUGUAUAUGAUUGUCGUACUUGCGGAUGUCAUUUGGUUUAGGUUUUAGGUCAGUCGGUUCUGCAUGUAAAGAAAGUAAACUAGAGAUUAGAGAUUUUAUAGCUGUAAAUACUAGUUUUCAAUAUUUUGAAUAAGCUAAGAUCAUGUUAAUUAUUUGCUUUAUUUUACAAUAUAAUGGAUGCUCCCCAUUCGAAAAUACAUUGCUUCACUCUGAAUCCGUUCUUUUCAAAGCUGAAUUAAGUCUGUGCAUGGUUUUUGUACAUACACCGAACUACCAAUACCCCCAUUCUCGUGUUGCUAUCUUCUGUAAAUUUAUGACCUUACGUUCUUCCACCUCCUUUUAUAGUCCACAAUUAUUGAUUUAUACUUUUUAAGUUUGAAAUUUGCUGCUCAAAUGUGACGAACCCUUCCUACUCAAAUAUAACUUUGCUUUGGGGAUAAUUUUUACGGAAUUGGGCGUUAGGUUCAGUAUGAUAAUGCCGGAGACACCUUCUGUGUGAAUCUUCUAUUUGUAUACUUAUUAUAGUUAUUCUCACAGAACUGGCAAUAAAAACGUUCUGAUCAUCAAAUCAAGAUGAACAAUAUGCUCGAAGAAAUUCAGCUUUUUAGUAGCUUUUACUAACGCAAUUCUUAGAUACUGUAUAUUGUUCGCCAACUAAAUGCUUAGUUUAUCAAUGUUCAUGAUGCUGUGCGUAUGUAAAUAGAAGACAUUUAGUUUACAAUAACUAGACGACAGAAAUGCUUUGAGCUUUUGACUGCAAUUUUUUUCGAAAUAAGUCGCUUCUGUUUUUUGUUUCUAGAACAAUUUGUGCUUAGUUCUUGACUACAAAGUUUUUUCCUCAGAAUUUUAUAAUCAAGCUUUUCAAAUUCGAUAUAUUUGCGGAAGUCUAUAAAUAUAAUAAAAUAAUGAAAGUUCACAGCACAACGUGCUCUUUUUAUUGCUCUAAAUUUUGAAAAAGAGCCUAUUUUCUUGGGAGUAUUUGACUGUACAUCCAAACGUUUAUGCUACUACAAGCAUAAGCUAUGGUGUUUCAAAGAGAUUAAUUUGUCCAAUAAUUCCUGGUAUAAUGAAUUCAUUUCUGCUAGAAAUCAUGCAAGGUGCAUAUUGUUAUCACAUUCGGGGAUGUCUCUGCACUCAUAGCAUUUGUAUCUGUAUUCUCCGUCUCAUGAUCUAUCGGGAAAAUAAAACAAACUUGUAGAGA